AUGGCGAACGCAGUUCCGGUAGCCCAAAAAGCGUGCGCUGCUUGCAAGCACCAACGCAGAAAAUGCGACCAAAACUGCGCGCUUGCCAAGUAUUUCCUGGCGGAAAGAUCCGACGAUUUAGAAAACGUGUACCAUCUUUUCGGGAUGCACAACACGUUGAAAAUAUUAAAAUCGGUGGAGGAAGAAGAAAGGGAUGCAACGACUGAGAGCCUUAUUAUGGAGGCGAAAAUGAGAUUAGAACAUCCCGUGCACGACCACUUUUCUGUGGCGAGAAAUCUUAGCGUCGAGAUUGAAAAGACAGAGAAAGAGCUCGAAAUUGUCUGCCAAAAAAUUCACAUAUGUAAAGGGGCGGAUAAUCGGGUCGGCCCGUCGACCCGUGGAGGGCAGCCCGAUCAACCGUGA